UGUAGCUUCACAGUGGAAAAAAAAGAUCGAGUAGAACAAUGAAUCGGCAAGUACUGUUGUUUAUUUCUCUCCUCUCGUUCGACGCAGUGAUCGCACAGGUCAGCUACUCUGUUCCAGAGGAAAUGUCUAAAGGAUCUCUCGUGGGAAACAUAGCGCAGGAUUUGGGUUUGGAGGUUAAACGUUUGAUAUCCGGUAAAGCAAAAAUCUACACGAGAAACAGCGACGAGUACAUCGAGCUGAACAGAGAAAGAGGAGUCCUCCUCGUCAAGGAAAGGAUCGACAGAGAGGCGCUGUGUGCAGAGACGGCGCUUUGUGCUUUACAUUUUCAGAUCAUUUUAGAGAAUCCCAUUGAGUUUUAUGCGAUAACUGUACAGAUUACUGAUAUUAAUGACAAUGCGCCAGUCUUUGGAAAAAAAGAAAUAUUGUUUAAAAUAAGCGAGUCGGCGGUUAUUGGAUCGAAAUUUGACCUGGAGAGAGCUGAGGAUCUCGAUGUUGGAACGAACAGCGUUCAAAAGUUUGAACUCAAACCGACGGAUAAUUUCGCGUUGACAGUUCACAAUCAUGCAGAUGGUGUAAAAAACGUGGAGAUGGUGUUACAAAAGCCUUUAGACAGAGAGAAACAGGAGCAGAUAUCUCUCGUACUAACAGCGGUAGAUGGUGGAGAGCCGCAGAUGUCAGGAACAAUGCUGAUCGUCAUUACAGUUUUAGAUGCGAAUGAUAACGCUCCUGUUUUUACACAGAAAACAUACAAAGCGACAGUAACUGAGAAUUCCCCUAUUGGCACAGUUGUUGCUACUGUAACAGCCUCAGAUGCUGAUCAUGGCUCUAAUAGUAAAGUAACAUAUUCUAUUACAAAUACAUUAGGAAAUGUGUUUAAAAUAUUUCAAGUAAACCCUGACAGUGGCGAAGUUUCUGUAGUCGGAAAUGUUGAUUUUGAAAAAUCGAAACAUUAUGAAAUAAAUGUGCGCGCAAGUGACGAAGGAGGACUGACUGAUUCAGCCAAGGUGCUCAUUGAUGUUCAAGAUAUAAAUGACAACAAACCCGAAAUUAAUAUACUGUCAAAAUCCAAUGUUAUAUCAGAAGAUGUCACACAAGCCACAGUUGUGACUGUUAUAAAUGUCGAGGACUUAGACUCAAGUGAAAACGGAGAUGUAAAAUGCUAUAUUACUGAAAACAUACCCUUCAUUUUAAAACCAUCAACAAGUAAUUUCUAUAGCUUGGUAACAGACAGUGAUUUAGACCGGGAGAGAUCUUCUCAGUAUAAUAUCACAGUGACCUGCUCUGAUGAGGGAGUGCCCUCUCUCUCCAGCAGUGUCACUCUCACCUUACAGAUCUCUGAUGUGAAUGAUAACGCACCUGUCUUUGGGAGGAGCUCAUACGAGGCCAGCAUCGUAGAAAACAACACACCAGGCCUCUCUAUAUUUACAGUGAAAGCCACAGAUGUUGACUGGAACCAGAAUGCCCGUGUUUCUUACAUACUGGAGGACUCCUCUGUGAACGGAGUGCCAGUCUCCUCAUAUGUGUCCGUCAGUGCAGACAGUGGAGUCAUCCAUGCAGUGCGCUCUUUUGACUUCGAGCAGAUCAAAGAUUUCCAGUUUCUUGUCAAAGCUCAGGAUGGAGGCUCUCCUCCACUCAACAGCAACGUGACAGUGAAAAUCCUGAUCCAGGACCAGAACGACAACCCCCCUCAGGUCCUGUACCCAGUGCAGACUGGUGGCUCAGUGGUGGCUGAGAUGGUGCCUCGUUCAGCAGAUGUGGGCUAUCUGGUGACGAAAGUAGUGGCUGUUGAUGUGGACUCUGGACAGAAUGCCUGGCUCUCAUAUAAACUCCAGAAAGCCACAGACAGAGCGCUGUUUGAAGUUGGAUUACAGAAUGGAGAAAUCAGAACCAUCCGCCAAGUUAAUGAUAAAGAUGCAGUCAAACAAAGACUGACUGUCAUAGUGGAGGACAACGGACAGCCCUCUCGUUCAGCUACAGUCAUUGUGAACGUGGCGGUGGCGGACAGCUUCCCUGAAGUGCUGUCAGAGUUCACUGACCUGAUCCACGACAAGGAGUACAAUGACAACCUGACUUUUUACUUGGUGUUGGCUCUGGCUGUAGUCUCCUUCCUGUUCAUCACCUGUGUGGUGGUGAUUAUCUCCGUGAAAAUCUACAGAUGGAGACAGUCUCGCAUCAUGUAUCAGUCCAACCUGCCAGUGAUUCCAUAUUAUCCUCCACGUUACUCAGACACUUUGGGGACAGGGACUCUCCAACAUGUGUACAACUACGAGGUGUGCAGGACCACAGACUCCAGAAAGAGUGACUGUAAGUUCGGCAGAGCUGGUAGUCAGAACGUGCUGAUCAUGGACCCCAGUUCAACAGGGACGAUGCAGCGGAUACAGAGUGAGAAGAGCAUCCUGGAUGAACCUGACUCUCCUGUCGAGGUUAGUUGAUUAAGUCUGCCUCAUAUGAAUCUAUUUUUAAAUGGCAUUUGAG